AUGGCUUGGGUGCCCAAGACGCGCUUCGAGCACGAUCUGGUGCAAUUGGAGCCGGACUUUAAUCUGGUUCAUGGGCAGAUCGCCUACGAGCUGAUGAAGAAACAGGAGUUCUCAAGAGAUGUCCGUAUGAACACCUACGAGUACUUGGCAGCCCGUGAAGAUCUGCUUAAAUGUGGAACGCCGGGCGGAAAGGGGCGGGAAAUCCGUCAAAGUCUGCAAAUGAUGGAGAAGAUUCAGAGAGUAGCUGGCACCAAGCCGCUGGGUGAGCACGCCACAAUGGAGGACUGGGACACCUCAACGGUUGAGAAGGAGGCGUUAGCUAUCAUCAGAAACUUCGGAAGCAUGUCCUUUAGACAGGACUCAUUACCCCUCCAUUCGCAGCCGAACAACUUACCUAAGGCUGCUCAAAAUGAAAGUCAGCAAUUUUAUCUGAUCACAGAUCGCGAGUUCUUCAAACCACGGAAGAUUUGCAGAUUAAAGGAUCUUCCGCUAGCGGAAUACAGUCCUAACAACUCAGCAGAUGACUCGUUCCACAUCGCUGAAAGUCUGAGCAGCUCCAUUUGGCUGUACGGAUCAAAAUAUCCAGAGUAACUUCAUUUAAUUACAAUAAGGCAAUCCCAGUUGAACUGGAUAAAACAAAAAAGAUGGAAGGAAAAAUCAAUCCAGAAAAAAAUGACAUCUCCAAUAACGCCACGCUAUCCAAUUAAAUUUCAUAAGAAAAAUGUAUAGAUGCUUACACGUUCAGAUAGAAUAUAAACUGGAAGAUUUAUAUUUUAUAAGGAGUUAGUUAAAUGCUACCAAAACCGAGCUGUUGAGCAUGUACGGAAUUAUUUGAAAUUAAAAUAUUGUUUAAAGUUCGA